AAAAGAGCAUGAAAGAUUUAAAUGCUUUGAGUCUCACCGAGUCACAGAAAGAAAAAUACACGAGUUUGACGGUAAAACUGAAAUCUGGCGAGGACCUUCUGUUGUACAAUGAGGAUGUACAAUCUACGACGGACAGAACAGUUAGACUCUGUACAGACAUUCAAAGAUACAUCAACGCCAUCCAAGACGAAAUUCAGGCCUUAAACGAGAUGAUUAAAUCGUUCGCUAUUCACCUGGGAGAGAAAAUGAAGCAGUUGGUGGAAUCAAAAUAUUUUGAAGAUACCAAUACAAAGAAUGCAAAGAUGUUCAAAAGUGAAGAUAAUGAUGAAAAUAAUAUUGUUACAAGCAACUUGCAGUUAAUUGGUAUCAAAUCAUCAAUAAUGUCUGGUGACACCAAAGCAAAAGAAGAUGCAAGAAAAAGGUAUGAUGUAGAAAAAGCACGACUUGUGCUGAAGUACGAGAAGGUAGCCAAUCAACAACAUAAUCUUCAAAAAUUGUUGAAUCAAACGGAAGACGUCAUUGCAAAAGCUACAUCUGAUGUAACAGUAACAAACAGUGAUUUGAACAGCAUUGCGUCAGCUUUAAAGAAUUGGUCUAAUAGUCUUGAAAAUGCUAAGGAACAAAAGAAACGUAAGGCAAAGGAAGAGGAAGAGAGAAUUAAAAGAGAAGAUGAGAGGAAAAGAAAAGAAAGGGAAAGAGAAGAGGCCGAGCGAAAAAGAAAAGAAGAGGAGAAACGAAAAAGACAAGAAGAAGAAGAACGAAAGAGAAGAGAGGAAGAAGAACGAAAAAGAAGAGAAAAUGAGGAAAGAAAAAGAAGAGAAGAAGAAGAGAGAAAAAGAAAAGAAGCGGAAGAGCAAAAAAGACGAGAAGAGGAAGAAUUAAAAAGAAAAGAAGAAAAACGAAAAAGAAAAGAGGAAGAAGAACGGAAAAGAAAAGAGGAGGAGGAACGAGAGAAGGAAGAAGAGAAGAAACGGAAGGAAGAAGAAGAACGACAGAAAAUAGAGGCGGAAUUAAAAAGAAAGGAAAAGGAAAGAGAAGAGGCGGAACAAAGAAGGAAAGAAGAGGAAAGAAAACUGAAGAAAGAAGAAGAAAGAAAACGAAAAGAGGAAGAAGAGCGUAAGAGGAAAGAAGAAAUGAGAAGAAAGGAUCCAAAUAAUUGGCCUACAUAUAAAUAUUACAGGCAAUCUGACCAAGGGUAUCACAAAGGACUAUGCUGUGUCGUCACUGUUGUAGAAGGAAACCACGGAUUUAAAAAAGAAGAUUUGACUUGUGUUUCAUCAGAUAGCCCAAAUGAUUUGAAACGUUGUUCAGAAAAUAGAGAAGAAAUCGUUGGAGCUUCAGUGGUUAAGAUCAGAGCAGUAGAUGGUUUCAAGUUUGAACUGGAUGCUCAAAUGAGAAUAUUUGUUCCAUAUAUCCCCAUAGACAAUGAGAAAGAAUUAAAGUUAAAAAUAUCGAUUGAUGGAAGCAAAUGGACUUACCCAGAAAAAAUAACACCGACUGCUAAUCUAAACGAAAUAAACGUUGCACUCGUUGGAACAAGUUUACUUAAAUUCAACAUGGUAGAAAUCGCCGUUGUUUCUAGACCUAAAAGAGAAAGUCAUGUCAUAAAAGACAAUAGUCACAAAGCCGCAGAAAUACGUCCAUCGAACAACGAAAACUUUAUAGUGAGGGUUCAAGAAGGAACGUUUAAGGAGGAUAUAUGUGCACAUUUAAAGGUUGACGCUGGCUUAGCUUCUAGAGUAUCAUCAGAGCCUGAUUUCAAUCACAUACGAAUUGCAACUCCUUUGUUUGGUGUAGAGUUUGAUGAGUACACUCAAAAAGAUGUGGCACUUGAUAUUCAACCUAAUUACACCAAGAAGACAGAAUUUUCAGCUUCAGUCUGUGGGAGAGCAAUUCAUCAAUGUGCAAAGAAGCUUGUAACAGACAUGGCUGUGGAUGAUGUGAUUGACAAACUUCAGUCCAAGACAAUACUUACAGAGGAAAUGAUAAAAAAAAUCCAGAGCAGAACAACAAAUGAAGCAAAGACAAGGGAACUAUUAGAAUUAUUUAAAACGACAAGUGAGUCUGGGUUCAAGGCACUGGUGGAAUCCCUAUCAGAGGCUAAACAAGGCCAUUUGGCUCAGAAUCUUCAGAAAACUCGGACUGAUUUGGAAGAAUCCGAACUAGGAAGUGAUUUUGAGGAUUUUAAAUCACCAAAACUACAGUUGGUGUCGAGCAAUGAUAGCAAGGAAUGGACAAUUAUAAAGUUUCAAUCAAAUUCAAACCUUCCAAAUAAUGCAACUGUAUCAAUUCCUUCAAACCUGAGAAACUUUGAUUUGAUCGGAAUUGUAGUAUCUGAAGGCAUUUCAGACGAAGAUAUCUGCAGAGUCGUAAAUGAAAUAUACCAAAGAAUAUACCAAGUUCCAGUGCGACUGAUUGUCAAACAACAUGUGGACAGACAAUCGGAUAUAUUCAUUCGAUGCGUUGAGAAAUCAAAGAGUGGAGACGCACAAAGAGAGAUGGCAAAUCAGGGGUAUAAGGAUGGACCAGAGGAGAUGGUGGAGCUUGGUUUAUGUGACACGGAAGAAGUCAUCUUUAGUGCAAAUGCAAACAUCAAAUAUCUUUCCGGGGUGACUCAAAUGAGCUUUUUCUUGAAUAUUGAUUCUGCUCACCUCUCCUUUCAAAUAGAUGUUCUAAAUAAAGAAGCACAAUCUUCAAGCAGAACAUACCAAGGGAAUCUAGCAUACAAUGUGGGAGACACAAAGCAAACCCCACCAAGGAGUGGGUCUAUUUUGAUACAUCUUCGAAAGGAAGCCCAGCGAUAUGCGCCACUAACACUUGAUGUACCAGUUAAGGCAGCCGCGAAAUACCUUUCAUGGCAACUGACAAAACUUGGAUCACCAGACCCACAUGAUUUGUAUAUGAAGCUGUGCGAAGACAAUAAGAGAAGAGUACACGUUUUGAAGAAUCGAGCCAAUAGAGAGGGAAACACGGACAGGAAAUGCUGUGAAGCUUUCAUAAUGAGUUGGGCCAGUCAAAGACCAAAACAAGAAAACAAAGCUAUAACUAUAUUGGAGGCCUUGAAAAAGAUUUCUCAAGAAAGUCUUGCUAAAGAAACAGACUCCUUCCUAAUGCCUUUUACCAAUGGUUAUCUCUCUGAUAAAAGUAUAAAAACACUUUCUGUAAAACUGGAACAUAAAUGGGAGAUACUCGCGGAAAAACUUGGAUUUAACAAUGAACAAAUAAAAGCCAUGUACAUGGAUUUUGAUAAUGAUACAAUGAGAGCGCUUCACAUCCUUGACAGGUGGCGUCUUGAAGAUAGUACUAUAGAGCUUGGAACUGAUAUAACUGUUACUUUAAUUAAGGCGAUGGCUGGCGUAAUGUAACUAUAAAGGUUGUGUUUCACAGAGAAUUUAUAAUCGACAAAAAAUG